CAACUCCCAAUACAACGCAAAAUUAAACUAAUUUAAUUAAAUAAAUAAAAACCUUUUUAAUUUCUGCAUUUUAAAGCAAAAAAAUGAAUCGCGAAGUUGUUCAGUCGCUGAUUUUUGUUUUAAGCGGCACUUUUAAUGUUCUGGUGGUGAAAUGGGGCUACAAUCUUGAGGUAGAGGGCAGAGAUGGUGAAAAAUAUAGAUUCUUUCACCCUGUAUUUUUGACUUUUCUAAUGUUUUUUGGAAAUCUUCUGAGUUUGUGUUCUCGGAACAGUGGACGGAAUGAGGAACAACUGCUUUACGACCGAGCUGAGUUUAAGCCUUUAAAAAUGCUUCUUCCUGCUUUGCUGGAUGCCAUCGCUUCCAUUUUACUAUUUACUGGCUUGUACCUAACAUAUGCCACCAGCUUUCAGAUGAUAAGAGGUUCUGCAAUGAUGUUUGUGGGCUUUUUCGGCACCAUAUUAUUAAAUCAGAGCCUGGGGUCACGCCACUGGUUAGCUAUAAUCAGCAUUUCAUGCGGCGUAAUACACAUCAUUAGUAUGGAUUUGCUUCGAGUAGACUACGAUCAAUCGAGUUUGGCACAUUAUGACCGCAAUUCCAUCUUGACAGGAGAUUUACUUAUUAUAACUGCUGAACUCCUGCAUGCCAUGCAGUAUGUCUACGAGGAGAAGAUCGUAAAGACGACAGACGUCUCCAUAAGACAGGCAAACGGUUGGAAGGGUUUAUUUGGUAUGAUUAUAACUCUUUUAUUGGCGGUUUGUUUCAAUUAUGUGCCAUCUUCAUUCAAUGAGAGUUCACGCGGAGUUUUCGAUGAUUGGAUUGAUGUGUGGUAUCAAUUGAAGGCAAAUGUGUGGCUUAAUACUGCAUUGAUAAUGUUCUUCAUAAGUUGUGCCGCCUAUGAUUAUGUGGGAAUGGCAAUUAUGAAAUUCUCUUCCACUGGCAAUCGUCUAUUGGCCGAUUACUUGCGCGUAUAUUUUAUAUGGAUUUUUGUCAUACUGCUAGAAUGGGAAGUUUUUAACUUAAUGACAAUGCUGGGCUUAAUAAUACUUCAAAUGGGCAUUGUUUUAUAUCGUCAUGCUAUAUUUGCGGAUUGGCUUAGGGCAACAGUGGCCCGCUGGCAGCGUAGUCGUUAUAUGGACCUAAACGAAGAGCAAAGGGACACAAAUGUACCACCAAGCAGGCCAGCAGAUGUUAUCUAAGUGAACGUUUGGAAAGUAAGAAGUUUGAAAAGCUGUUGCAGAAUGUGAUAAUAGAGAUGGGCCUGAAGAAAUGUAUAUCAAAUAUUCAAUGUUAGUUUUUAAGCACGGAAUAAAAUUUAUUGUUAACAGAGAGA